AUGAAUAAUCAAUAGAGAAUAAAAGUGAGUAUUUACAGCUAUAAUCCAAAUGACUUGAUUGGAUCAGGAUACAGAAGUCAAGUCUUCAAAGGACAGAAUGAUAUCAAUAAAGAGGUCGUUGCAAUAAAAGUAUGGAAAUGCUUCAAAUCAAGGUUUGUGAUCAUUCAAAAAUACAACAUGAAAUUGAGAAACAGUUAUUACAAUAAGAAAUCACUGCUUUAUAAGUAUUAGAUUCUAUCAACAUUGUUAAAAUGCAUUUCUACUCUCAAAAUACCAAUUUCACUUUUAUCAUAACUGAAUACUGCAAUUAGGGUAUUACUUAAUUUAAUUGGAUAAAGGUGAUUUAGCGGAUCUGCUCAUUAAAAGAGAGUGCAUCCCUGAGAAUGAGGCAAUCUUAAUCUUUCAUCAGAUUUUAAAAGGAUUCAGAGACCAAAUCUCUAAAGGAGUCAUUCACAGAGACCUAAAACCUUCAAAUAUCUUGAUAAACAAAGGCAUUUAUAAGAUUGCAGAUUACGGCUUUUCAAAAAUGGUUUAUUCAAAAAAAGAGAAAGUCUAAUAUAAUGUGGGCACAACUCUAUAUAUGCCUCCUAAAGCUUUGACUGAAAACAAAUACUCAGAAAAGAGUGAUGUCUGGAGUUUGGGAGUGAUGUUCUAUUAAAUACUUAAUGGUAACGUCUUCUUUAUUUUCUUAGGAAAGGUACCUUGGUAGGCAGGGACAGAACAAGAAUUCAUCAAAGUAAUCACAACAACUCCUAUUCAUUUCUCGAAAAGCAUCAAUAUUUCAUCUGCAGCAAAGGACCUCAUUGAUAAAUGCUUAUAAUUAGAGGAGAACAAGAGAUACAAUUGCAAUCAAUUAUUAGAACAUGAGAUAUUUAAUUAAUUGCAAGUUAGACCUUCAAGAAAGUCCAUUUAAUUGCUAGUCAAUAAUUAUCAAAUUGGAGAUUUAGAAAAAAGAGCAAAAACUAGCUAUUCUCAAUAACGAUCGAAUCUUUCUGUCCAAAGCUGUAGGAAUUCAAAAGGAAUUAGAUAAGAAUUCAUAAAUUAUGGAGAUGCUGUCAGCAAUAUACUAAAUUUACUUAAAUUGAUUUUAAGGAUAGCUAAAAUUGUUGAUCACUUUGAUUUCUUUAUUGAAGGAGGAUUGAAAGAAAAAUUAUUGUAUUUUAUCAUUAAACAUGCCAUAUUCAAAUCUAAACAACUUAUAACUAUUUUAAAUCAGAAUCAUUCUACUAUAGACUAAUCUAAGAAAGAUGAAUUCAUAAAUUAAAGUACUUUUAUGCAUGAUACAUUUAGAACUUCAUUCCAAAAAUUAGUAAGUAUUUUCAUUUUAUCAUUUAGUGGGACUCCAUACAUAGAAAUGAGACUUUAUGUAAUGAAAUACUUAAAGAUAAGAAAUUUACAGCCGUAUUUGACUAAAGUGAAUUAGAAGUUCAUAGUCAUUACAUAUUAAUGCUUCCUUUAUUAAGAAAUUCUAUUAUUUUGCUAUAGAAUCAAUUGAACUUAAAAUUGAAUAAUGUGAGAGAGCAUGAUUAAUUAGAUGGAGCAGAAGAAGGGGGCAUACUGGUUUUAAAAUAUUUGGUAUUAUACUUAGAAAUAUGUAUGUAUAUAGUCCAACAUUUUAAAACUUCAAUAUUCUAUUUGAAUCAAUUCAAUCUAAAAUUAGUAGUUGAAGAAAAGCCUACAAAUUUGACAAAGAAAUAAUUCCUGUAAAUAUGCUAAAGAAUUAAUUCUUUGAAGCUCAUUUACGUUGAUUGA